AUGCGGUUCUCUUCGUUAUACUCGCUCGAGUGCCCUAAUCUAGUCCGAAGCGCGUCUCCCUACCGUUCAGAUUAUCCGCCCGCACCUUCUCUCUUCAUCCCGCUUCCUCCUCCUCGCGUUUCGGAUGCUGUUGUUCCUCCACACCUUCCCUCCUCCUCAACAUGCUCCUCUCAACUGCUCAACUGCACACUCUUCACAAUUCUCCCUCCUCCUCUUGUUUCUCCCUUCAGCGGCACAGCAGCAGACUUCUCCGCCGCUAUCCCUCCUCCUCUGGUUUCUCCCCUCAUCGACGCAGCAGCAGACUACUCCGCCAUUUUCCCUCCUCCUCUGGUUUCUCCCGUCAUCGGCGCAGUAGCAGACUACUCCUCCAAUUUCCCUCCUCCUCUGGUUUCUUCCCUCAUCGGCGCAGCAGCAGACUACUCCGCCAUUUUCCCUCCUCCUCUGGUUUCUCCCCGCUUCAGCUCACCAGCAGACUACUCCGCCACUUUCACUCCUCUUGUUUCUCCCCUCAGCGGCUUAGCAGCAGACUACCCCGCCCUUAUUCCUCCGCCUCUUAUACCUCUCCCCACAUCUGCUCUGUAG